UACUCCCUACUGUAGUAGACUGCAGAGGGUGAAACAUAAUGGCGGUUAUAACCUAUGUAGUGCACUACAUAUCAAAUGUGAAGCAAAUUAGGAUUGAAGGAAGCCUUAUCUUUGUACACAAGCGUGUCUGAGGCGCAGGGAAACACCGUCACCGUCUGUGAAGAUGAGUAUAGCUGAUGGAGGAUUGUGACUGUGUGUUUAUGUGGAAGUGAGAUUAAAAUGUCAGGGAUAAAGCCUUGUAAAGUGUGUAACUUCAGCCGGCAGAACUAUUAUGGCGUGGUGGUGGUUUCACUGAGCCAGCUCAAAGUAAAGGGUAGUGAAGCAUUGGGCUACAGUGCCGACACAUCAGUGUCCGUGGUGCUCGACGAUGAUGGAACCAUCGUGGAAGAUGACGCCUACUUCUUAUGUCUGCCACCGAACACCAAAUUCAUGUUCCUGCAAGAUAAAGAGAUGUGGAAGCCUGCAAAGCGAUUUGACGGAGGCACGGCGUGGCUCAUGCAGUCUUUUGACGUGGGCUCAGACACAGUAGACAGCACGAAUGGUGGCGUAGAACCCUGGCGUGGUUUAGCUGACCAGCUGAGACAGGACCUGGCCAGCAUCAUUCUCAUGUCCGAGGCAGAUCUACAGAGUCUGGUGGCUGUACCUUGCGCAGUCCUGGCCUCAGUGCUCGCCUUCCCAGAGCAGAAAACUAAGGAUUUACAAGACACCUUGCAGAGAGUGCUGGACCGCAGAGAAGAGGAGCGGCAGUCCAGAGAGCUGCUGCAGCUCUAUCUCAAAGUUGUGGAGAAAGAGCGUAGCCAGGAUUUGCAACAAGGUGAAACAGUGCCGGAUGAGGUGGAUGGCAUUGAGGUGGACUCGGCUGUGGGGUUUAACGCUAAGACACUGCUGGUUCUGAAGGGCAAAACGAGUCCUGAAACAAGACUCUCCAAUGAGGAGCUGCAGAUGGUGCUGAAGCAGGGAGUGGAGACGAUGAUGGACGAGCUGGGCUGGGACAGAGACAGGACUGCGGUGUUACUACAAGCCUGUGAGGAAGAGCUGAGAAAACGUCUGCAGCAGGUCCAAGCCAUGCAGUCGCUCAGCGCUCACUCGCAGUGCAGCAAUUCCACCUCCACAACACAGCCACAUAAAGAGGAGACCAAAGCAAAACGCAGAAAAUAGCCCAAGCAGUGUUUAGACUCGCUGGUGAUACACUCCUGUAUUCAGGGUUAUAUUGUUUUAAGUCUAGUUCAGUUCAUUUUGAUACUCCAUAAUUGUUCUGACACAAGUCCUGGCUGAUUUUAUAUCAUUUUUGACAUCAUAUACAUUAAGAAUCCUCUUAUUAUCCGGCGUCAGACAAACUACUGACAUUAAGUAUUUUUUAAUUUCUGUCCAGUUCAAAGCUUAUCAUUUGUUAACUGCUAAAAGUGACCUGACAUUAGCACUAACAACUCACUGCUGGUGUAAAUUCUUCCUUUGAUUUGACGCACAUGGAAAGUACCAUUUAUCAUUAAGGUUUAUAACCAAGGAGGAAAUGCUGUAUAUUACAACUGUGACAAUUUUAUAUCCAUAAUGAUCCAUAAUAACAGACUCUAGAAGUAGCUGUCACAACUGCUGGGAUAACUUUUAAAUGAUUAAAUUUUUCUCUUUUUUAA